AUGACUGAGUUAGUUGCCAACGUUUAAAUUGUAGUUAAGUUCACAUAAAAAUCUGGACUUCCUUUUUGUCAUAAAAGAUUGGCAGAUGUGGUACUUCUGGGCUGACAUUCCUGUGUGGCACCCACUGCCUGGAGCCUAGCAGCAGCUCCCACCUUUGGCGGAAGCGAGCAUCCUUCAGUGUGCCCCCGCCUCCUCCUCCCUCCUGCCCCACGCCUUGCCAGACAGCCUCACUCACAGGCCCUGCUUCAGCUGGCCCGCAUGCAUUCAGCUUUCUUCCUACGUGUAUUUACUGAGCACCUUCUACGCACCGGGCACUGGGAGCACAGCGCCUACACAACAGACAGACGUCCCUGUCUUCACGGACUAGCGUCCUAACAGUAGAAGUUAUUAUGUGCUGGGCACUGUCCUCAGUGCUUCACAUAUAUUACUCCCUUAAUCUCACUUAAUCCUCAAGACAUCCUCAAUAUGCGGUAGCCUCAUGAUACACACGAAGUAACCGAGAGGCAUGGCGAAGUUGAGACCUGUCCAGGGUUAUCCAAUGUCUGUACCAGAAACCUACGCCGUCCGGCCUGAGAAUCCAUGUUCUAACUGCCCCUCAGUGCCAGAAGGACCCGAAUGUGAAAACUCGGCAGUGGAGGCAGGGUGGGCGUGGACGGGGCCAGACAGGCCUGGCCGGAGGUCACGUAACCAGGAGUCAGGUCUGGCGGAUGGGCAGUGUGUUGGGGACAGAGUGGGGUGCUCCCCGGGGCCGCCCCUCUGGCCUCUAGGCGGUGCUUCCUCGAUGCCUUGUGGAUCCCAGACCCUCUCGCUACCCCAGCUCAGCAGCGCCUGCCUGCCGGGAGAGCCCGUGUUCCUGAGGAGACAGCAGUGAUGGUGGGCCAGGCUUGGCGGGAGGUCGGGAGGUAAUUGGCGGCUGUCUGCAUUGACAGGAGCAGACAGCUGAGAAAGCACAGACCUGUGGCCGCAGGGCAGCCCCACCCUCUGCUGAGCCCGCUUCUGCCCAGAUGUAAAUGUGGGUUUGUGUCAGGUUGGCAGACAGGCCCCAGCUCUUUGCUCCCCUGAGGGCCCUCUGCACCAGGCCCGUGACUCAGUUUCUCUGGCAGAUGAGGAGCGUGGGCCGGGGGACAGAUGCUGCCCAAACCCAGCCUGGUCCCUUCCUCAGCCCUGGGGCCAGCAUCAUGCUUCUUGGGGACCAUCACAGCAGCCUGGCAGGAGCCUCUGCUGACCCUUUGCUGUUACUUCGAGUGUUUAUUGAGCAUCUCCUGUGUACUGGUCACGGCUCCUGAUGAGCGAUGGAGACAGCCCCUCCCCUCUGCGUACAGACGCAGGCGUUGCUGGUGCAGAGCUGUGGUGGGGGGGCCUGCUCGUCUCCCUCCAUGCUUCUCUGGGUGCCUCCAUAUGUCUCUGUCUUCUUGCCCAUUGUUUUCCCUGACUCUGAGGGACUCGCCUGCUCUCCCUUCGAGGCCGGGAGAAAAGUGGCACCUUCCCCCGGGCCCUGCUGGAGCAGACCCCCUGGUGGAGGUCAGUGUUCCCCCCACCCCGGUCAGCGUGCAUUCUUAUUUCCCAGCCCCCGGUGGAGCUGGCCUGCCGGGCGCACUCACGGCGCACCGUGGAGUGGCUGUGCCUGACUGACUGCCCUGCAGUGUUGGUGGGCUGUCCCCGCGCUGCCCGACACAAGCCAGGAGACAGCUGAGGGCCUCACGUCUCUGAUGGAAGGGGGUCUUGUGCAGCCUCUUUCUCCACUCUGCACCCUGCCCACUUUGCAGCCCCCUCUUUUGGGGGCACCCCCAGAGAUUCCAGGCAGAGCCCGGGGGCACCCAGAGUUCCGAUUGUGAUGCAAGAGAGAACAGGAGCCUGGGCCGCAGGCGGGUGGCAGGCAGGCAUCCUGGCCCCCAGGUCAGCACUGGAAAACCCGUCUUUCACCGCAUGAGGGUCUGAGUGGCUGUGGCGUGGGGACAAGCGAAGUCAGAGCACACCCAGCCUGGUGCCGAGGAAGCAGCCUGUCUGGGGGCACCGGCUCAGUGCAAGUGGAAAACCUGAAGGAGAAGCUCAUCAGCCAGGCCCAGGAAGUGAGCCGCCUCCGAUCAGAGCUGGGAGGCACCGACUUGGAGAAGCACCGGGACCUGCUGAUGGUGGAGAAUGAGCGACUGAGGCAGGAGAUGCGGCGCUGCGAGGCCGAGCUGCAGGAGCUGCGGGGGAAGCCGGGGGCCGCCUGCACAGGCUGCGAGCACAGCCAGGAGAGCGCCCAGCUCCGAGACAAGCUGUCCCAGCUCCAGCUGGAGGUGGCGGAGAACAAAGGCAUGCUGUCGGAGCUGAACCUGGAGGUGCAGCAGAAGACCGACCGGCUGGCCGAGGUGGAGCUGCGGCUCAAGGACUGCCUGGCCGAGAAGGCGCAGGAGGAGGAGCGGCUGAGCCGGCGCCUGCGCGACAGCCAUGAGACCAUCGCCAGCCUGCGGGCCCAGUCGCCGCCCAUCAAGUAUGUCAUCAAGACGGUGGAGGUGGAGUCGUCCAAGACCAAGCAGGCCCUCAGCGAGUCCCAGGCCCGGAACCAGCACCUGCAGGAGCAGGUGGCCAUGCAGCGGCAGGUGCUGAAGGAGAUGGAGCAGCAGCUGCAGAGCUCGCACCAGCUGACCGCACAGCUCCGGGCGCAGAUCGCCAUGUACGAGGCGGAGCUGGAGCGGGCCCACGGGCAGAUGCUGGAGGAGAUGCAGUCCCUGGAGGAGGACAAGAACCGGGCCAUCGAGGAGGCCUUUGCCAGAGCCCAGGUGGAGAUGAAGGCCGUGCACGAGAACCUGGCAGGCGUCCGGACCAACCUGCUGACGCUGCAGCCGGCGCUACGGACCCUCACCAACGACUACAACGGGCUCAAGCGGCAGGUGCGCGGCUUCCCGCUGCUGCUGCAGGAGGCCCUCAAGAGCGUCAAGGCCGAGAUCGGCCAGGCCAUCGAGGAGGUCAGCAGCAACAACCAGGAGCUGCUGCGCAAGUACCGGCGGGAGCUGCAGCUGCGCAAGAAGUGUCACAACGAGCUCGUGCGGCUGAAAGGGAACAUCCGGGUGAUUGCUCGUGUCCGGCCAGUCACCAAAGAGGACGGGGAAGGCCCUGAGGCGACCAAUGCGGUGACCUUCGAUCCCGACGAUGACUCCAUCAUCCACCUGCUGCACAAAGGAAAGCCUGUAUCCUUCGAGCUGGACAAGGUCUUCUCCCCGAGGGCCUCACAGCAGGACGUGUUCCAGGAGGUGCAGGCCCUGAUCACCUCCUGCAUUGACGGCUUCAAUGUCUGCAUCUUCGCCUACGGCCAGACGGGUGCCGGCAAGACGUACACGAUGGAGGGGACCCCUGAGAACCCGGGCAUCAACCAGCGGGCCCUGCAGCUGCUCUUCUCCGAGGUGCAGGAGAAGGCGUCCGACUGGGCGUACACCAUCACCGUCAGCGCGGCCGAGAUCUACAACGAGGCCCUCAGGGACCUGCUGGGACAGGAGCCCCAGGAGAAGCUGGAGAUCCGGCUGUGCCCAGACGGCAGCGGGCAGCUGUACGUGCCGGGGCUGACGGAGUUCCAGGUGCAGAGUGUGGACGACAUCAACAAGGUGUUUGAGUUUGGCCACACCAACCGCACGACGGAGUUCACCAACCUUAACGAGCACAGCUCCCGCUCACACGCGCUGCUUAUCGUGACGGUGCGCGGUGUGGACUGCAGCACGGGCCUCCGCACCACGGGCAAGCUGAACCUGGUGGACCUGGCCGGCUCGGAGCGCGUGGGCAAGUCGGGGGCCGAGGGCAGCCGCCUGCGGGAGGCACAGCACAUCAACAAGUCGCUGUCGGCCCUGGGGGACGUCAUUGCUGCCCUGCGCUCCCGCCAGGGCCACGUGCCCUUCCGCAACUCCAAGCUCACCUACCUGCUGCAGGACUCGCUCAGUGGGGACAGCAAGACCCUCAUGGUGGUGCAGGUGUCGCCCGUGGAGAAGAACACCAGCGAGACGCUCUACUCCCUCAAGUUUGCUGAGAGGGUCCGCUCUGUGGAGCUGGGCCCCGGGUCCCGCAGGGCAGAGCUCGGGUCCUGGUCCAGCCAGGAGCAUCUGGAGUGGGAGCCAGCUUGCCAGACGCCACAGCCAGCAGCACGAGCCCAUUCGGCCCCCGGCUCUGGGUCCACUAGCCGCCCAGGCUCCAUCCGGAGGAAGCUGCAGCCCUCAGGGAAGUCAAGGCCGGUGCCUGUGUGAUGGAUGUGUCCACCCUGCUGGCCCCGUGGCUGGACCUGAGCCCCACUGCCGCCUGCCGCAGCGCUGGGGGUGGGAGGCGAGGCUCCUCUUCUCUUCCGCCCCCUCGGAGAUGAGAAACACGUUCCGAAAGAGAUGGUGGCUCUCGGCUGUGGCUCUGGGUGCACGUGGCGUGGGCUGUACGGGCAGGGAGGGCCGCUCCGCCUGGGGGGCCUGGCCAUCCGAGCCGGCCCACGUGGGGAGGGCAGGAGCGUGUGGGGGGGUGCCAGCCCAGCUCUUCCCAGCCUGCAGGGCCCCCUCCGUAGUGGGCGGGCAGAGGAACCCCCAGAAGGCACAGGAGCCGUGGAACUGGGGCUGGUGGGCGGCCUCCCCUCCUCCAGGGGCCUGCACUGGCGUGUAUAUAGUGUCCUCGGUGUACAUAGGAGCUCGGCCCUCCUGCGGGCCGGGCCGUAUUUAUGGCCGGCAGGAGGCCAGCGGGCAGGAUUCUGCUACCCCCACCUGCCUGGCACCAGGCUCUCUCCUUGCUCACUGGCCUCUUGAUAGUUUCCUCUCUCUGAAAUCCUAUUUAAGAACUUUUGGAAGCGUAGCCAUUUUUACUUGUUAAAAUAAAAGCCUUUUUACACAA